CGUACAAAUAUCAUGUAGAUAUGUAGAAAUAAAAAUAGAUAUACAUUAAUGUUACUUGGAGCCUACGAUGUAAUGACCAAUUUUAACACUCCAUAUAAUUACGCAGAUAUUGAAAACUUUGCGAUUUGCAAUAAAGCCUCACAUUAUCCAUGGCGGACAACUUAAAUUUUCGUUCAGUUGAAGUGAAAUGAACCACUGUUAAAAUGGAAUUUAUUUGGAGCACUGGUGGUCACUGCAGUAGGGCUCGCUCAUAUCGUGGAAUAGGCUAGAAUGCCUACUGAAACACAAGUCGUGUACUGUAGGUCUACCUCAUUAUUUUGCCCUGUUUUACAUGUUGACAUAAAAGGCCAUUUUCAAUGAUGAACUUGUAGAUGAACUUUCUGGCAGGUGGUUAGCCUGUUAACUGCAAUUCCGUUAGCGUUCAUACCCAGUGAUAUUCGACUAUUGGAUGCAGACCUGUAAGACUUUCACUUUACACCAUCAUCAAAAGGCACAUUUCGCUAGGUUUUCUGCUCGCACUGACUUACCAAACCUGAUGCAAACCUUUUUCUGAAGAAAGUAGCCAUGUCCUCUGUAGAUUAAAUGCCGGUAGUUGAUUGGCGGAAUGCAGAUAUGUGGGAAGUUAUGACCUUUGGGAGCGCAGGGGGCAUGGACACAUUUGACACGCACACUAUUAAAGCCUCCAAUAUGAAGAUGAGUGAUCUCUCUUUUCGUGCUGUGCGGCGCGUGUGUUAUGUUGACGUGUGCGUACCUCUGGUAGUGGUAGACCACAACGUCUUCUGAAUCUAUUCAAGGAUUACAACCACCGAAAAAGCUGCAAGUGCCUACGACUUUACAGGUGAUGGAGUUUAGCCAUGAGCUCGAAGAUCUCUGUCCGGUGUGUGGAGAUAAGGUUUCAGGGUACCAUUACGGCCUACUGACAUGUGAAAGUUGCAAGGGCUUUUUCAAGAGGACUGUUCAAAAUAACAAGAGAUACACUUGCGCUGAAAACCAGACAUGCAGAAUAGACAAAACCCAGCGUAAGAGAUGCCCUUUUUGUCGCUUUCAAAAGUGCCUGAACGUUGGAAUGAGAUUAGAAGCGGUCCGUGCUGACCGGAUGCGAGGGGGAAGGAAUAAAUUUGGCCCCAUGUACAAACAAGACAGGGCACUGAAGCAGCAGCAGAAAGCCCUAAUCCAUGUUAGCAACUUCAAACUAGAGCCAAGUCCUUCUCUGGCCCCAAGCCUCCAGACCAAGAGCAGCUUUCCAGGGGGCCUGUCGGGGCUCCUGCCCCCCCUUACCCCUCCGGACUGUGACUGCGUCCCUCCAUAUUGCCCCCCUUCUCUGGGUGUGGCCCUUCAAAGCCAUGACAGCCCCUUUCCUGGUCAGUACCAAUACACUGCCGCUCCUUUCCCCUCCAGGUCUAUCAAGUCUGAAUACCUUGACCAGUACUUAAUUUCCCCCGACUCCCCGCCAGAGUACAGUUACCCUCAGGGGUGUCUGCUGGGAUCCCCCCAAACCUCCAGCUUGCUCCCCGCCCUGCCACCACAGCUGGUGUUGAACCUGCUGCGCUGCGAGCCGGAUGAAGCCCAGGUGCGGCUGAAGGUGGCGACCUACCUGUGCCAGGAGCAGAAAAGCCGGGGCAAGCAGGAGAAGCUCAGCUCAUUCAGGCUGCUGUGUCUCAUUGCGGACCAGACGCUCUUCUCCAUCGUGGACUGGGCUAGAAGCUGCAUCUUCUUCAGGGAACUUCAGGUUGGAGAUCAGAUGAAGCUCCUCCACAACUGCUGGAGUGAGUUGCUGGUGCUGGAUCACAUCUGCAGACAGGUGCACCAUGGGAAGGAGGGUAUUGUCUUACUAGUGACUGGAGAGGAGGUUGAUGUCCCCAUUUUCUGCCAAGCAGGGCCACCCCUUAUCAGCCUCGUACAGAGAACCCAGGAACUGGUGGAGAGGCUGCAGGGUCUGCAGAUGGACAGGAAAGAGAUGGCCUGCUUCAAGUUUCUCAUCCUCUUUAAUCCAAGUGUGAAGCUGUUGGAGAACCAGGCAUUCGUGGAGAGUGUCCAGGAGCAAGUGAGCAGUGCCCUGAUGGAGUACACUCUCUGCGCUUACCCCCAGUCAGUGGAUCUCUACAGCCAGCUGCUACUGUGCCUGCCGGAGCUGCACACCCUGAGCACACAGGCGGACGACUACCUGCUCCACAAACACCUGAGCGGGGAGGUACCCUGCAACAACCUGCUUGUAGAGAUGCUCCAUGCAAAGAGAGCCACUGUAUGAUCACUGUAUGAGCCACUGUAUGCAUUAUUGUGUGUGUGUGUUUGUGUGUGUGUGUGUGUUUGUGAGAGAAACAGAGAGAAAGAGAGAGCACUGAGGUAAGAACAGGAGAAGCAAAUUAUGUUGUAAGAUAAACUUUUUAUGUCAUAUGUUGCCCUUGCAGGUGUGAGCACAGGAGUCUGUGCCAAUAUAUUUACUUUUCUACCGUGGCAGUGUUAGCAUAUUUUGUAUUCCUAGGUCACUCCAUGUUACUCCUCCCAAUAUAAACAUGUUUACAAACUGUAUGUACAAACUUUACAGUCAUUUUAUGGGAUACCUAUCACUGUCUGUCCUUACUGUGUUUGAAUAUUAUUUUAUGGUUAUUUGAAAUUUGUUUAUUAUUUAAAAUAAAUAUUCAGUCUUUAAACAUCUUACGAAAGAAUAUUGUAUGUCCUUAAACAUCUAUUACACAACACCCUGUAUUUUUGCUCUGGUGUUAGUAAAAGCUGAGGUAUUUAUAUAACAAAAGGUAGUGCUAUUUUCUUAUAUGCUACUUUAUAUGCCAUACAGUAAUGCACAUUUUUAUAAUGCCUGCUUUUUGUAUUUUUGAAAGGUGCUUGAUGGUAUUCUGUUGUUAAAUUUGGUGGGUCACAUGUACAGCAUGUUGAACAAUAGUGUGUUAAACACUUUAAAGGCGUUACUGUAAUCAUCACAAUUUAUGAGAGUUGUCAUAUUUAUUAACAUGAUUGUAAGGCAUUCUGAAUAAAAACCUAUGUUUUCAUUGAA